UAACGUAUUUUUUUCGAAAAUUUAGUGUUCUACAAUCUUUUGGCUAUAUAUGUCUUACAAAUUCCUUUAGUUUUCAAUCAAGUAUUAUCAUAAUACAAUUAUUCAAAGAUUGACGGCAGUAUAUUCUUUUGAAGAUUAUACUCGAUUUGUGCAGAUUGCAAUAUGCAUCUUUAAAUCAAAAAAGAUUCCAGGUUUGUUUUUCUUACAAGCAAAGGAGUCUACGAAAAUUCGAGAAUUUGGCAAUAAAAACCUGGUAUGUUAAAACAGGAAAAGUAAACUCCAAGCAAGAAAAUGUCUACCUCCGUGGUAAAAUCCAUAAACCACUUUCUUUUUCAUCCAGAUAUUCAGCAAAAAAUCUUGAUCAAAAAUUCAUCCAUAUCGUUCAUGAUUAUUCUUGUAUAUAUUCUACUAACGAAAUUAUUCGGGCCUCUCUUGAUGAGACAUCGAAAGCCUUUCAAGUUAAACAAACUCUUGGUGAUAUACAAUUUCACUUUGUCAGCUGCAAACUUCUACCUCGCGAAAAAAUGCACUGCAGGUUCUAUAAAAUACUGGAAUACAAGAUGUGGUUUCAAAAAAUCAAUCGCAUAUGUUGAAUUUAUGAAGGAAGAGAGUGUGUAUGUGUGGUUAUUAUUUUUGCUGAAAUAUGUAGAACUUAUUGAUACGGUAUUUUUCGUCCUUCGGAAAAAAUAUAAUCAGAUCUCGUUUCUUCAUGUCUUCCAUCACAGUGCUGUGGCCAUGCUAUUCUGGUGGAUUCUCAAAACGAACGAAAUAGGUUACUAUCUUUUACUUACUGUAUCCAUUAACAAUGGAAUUCACGUCAUAAUGUAUCUUUAUUAUGGGUUAGCUGCAAUAGGUCCUAAAAUGCAGAAAUAUCUGUGGUGGAAGAAGUAUUUGACGACAUUACAAAUAAUUCAGUUUGUUGUAAUCCUUUCGUACAUGCUGUACGGAUUUCUUAGUGGCUGUGAAACUCUAAGUUCUGUAGAAAUGAUAUUAUUUACAACUUUUUUAUCAUUUAUGUUGUUAUUUCUCAACUACUAUUUAAGAAAUUUCAUCAAAAAUUCCAAAAAUAAAUAAGUGUAUACCAAAAUUGCUGGGAGUGGAAAUCUCGUUUAAUGUCAAGGAAUUCAUAUUUUCUCAUUUUAUACUUUUAUGAAUAACAUGUGCUUCAUGUCAUUCUGGAAUUUUGUUACUAAGUGAAAUGUUUGGUGACGGGUAAAAUUAUAAUCAAAACAUGCUAUAAUAAAUAUAUUCCUAAUUGUC